AUGGAGGGUGGAGGCGCUCACCGGGAGGAAGGUUGGAGCAGAGUUCCUCGUAGGCAUUUUCGGAACUGGGUCCCCCACCGGGACGUGUUUCCGGUCGGGAAAAAGCUUGUUGGAGAUGUGGUGUCCUUCUACAUUUCGGAGUUCCUUGAGAGUAGCAAAGCAGAAGAUCUGUUUGUCCUAUUCGGUUGUAUUGGUAACGCAGUGGAGGUUGCUAUUGCUCCAAGGAGAAAUAAGAUCGGCAAACGUUUCGGUUUCGCGAGGUUUUCGGAUGUGGAGGAUGCUCGUUGGUUGGGGGUGAAGUUGGACAAUGUUGCUUUUGAGGGGAAGAAAAUUCAUGCUAAUGUUCCAAGGUACGAGAGGAAGUCUGCAGGUGGUGCGAAGCCUUUGCUUCAGGGUAUUUUUCAUCAGGGUCUUCAGCUUCGUGGGGCUGGGAGUGGUUCGCAUAACAGGGUAUGGGGGGAGGCAAGAGUAGAUGGGAGAUCGUUCGUGGAGGCUCUGAAUAAACCUAACUCAAGGGAAGGGUUGGUUCCUAAUCUGAAAUCGGUGGCUCACGUCUCUUCUGAGGAGGUUAGAGGAAGAUUUGCAAAGGCUUGGAUAGGGGUUUUACGUUAUCCGGGUUCUAGUCACGGUAUCCAAAAGAGCAUCGAGAAGGCAGGUUUCUUCGGUAUCGUGAUUUCGCCCUUAGGUGCAAAAAAAUGUCUUGUCGAAGAAAGCGAUAAUGGUGCUUUAUCCGAAUUCUUGGGGGAGGAGGAGGGGUGGUGGAAAGAAUGGUUUGUGGAGGUUGUGAAGUGGAACGUGGAAGCUUUGGACGCCUCGAGGGCGGUGUGGUUGCGAGUGUUUGGAAUCCCCUGCGUUGGAUGGAAUUCAGAAGUGUUUUCUUCUAUUGCCAACCUGUUUGGCUCAUUCAUCAGUGUCGACGAUUCUACGGCUAGUGGUAGAUCCUUUGAAGCAGCAAGGAUUCAGGUUUGUAUUGAUCUUAAUUGCUCCAUCCCUGAUUCUGUUAAUCUGGUUUUAGACGGCAAGGCGUUCUCGUUGUUCAUUAAAGAGGAGCUUCUGCCUCAGCAAUAUCUGUAUAGGGAGCAACAUCAUUCUGACCUCUCUGUUUCUUCUGAGUCAAUCAAUUCUGAGGAUUUUGGUUCUGGGGGUGAUAUGUCGUGUUCGAAGGUUGGGAGUAGUAUAGAUUCAAGGGACAGUAUUGAGGAGGGAAUACAGAAGGGAAGUGGGGAAUACAGAAGGUGUAGGGAAUAA